ACUUACUCAUAUUUUUAAACAUUCCAUUCAAGAUCAUUUUAUCUUGUUCGGUGAGUCUGGGAUUAAUUCGAAGUGGGUACGAUGUGGACGACUUUAAUAUUUAUUCUUUGGAUUAACGGCAUUUCCUCUGCUCGGAAAGAACUGCCACCAAAACGUGGAGAGAAUUAUGAUGAUGAAUUAGAAAACAUUUUUGCUAAGACCAACUAUAACUAUAGUAGGCUGCCAACGACUACAGAACGUAUUGCAAAACCUGAAGUGGUUGUAGAAAAGUUUGUAGAGACUUUGAUGGCCAGCGAAAGGUAUUUGAAAUUGAUAGAAACUGUCGAGGCUAAGGUAGUUCAUUUGGAAACGAUAUUUCAAGAACGGACAAAUACUAUAUUGAAAUACUUGACUGAAGUAUUAAGAGCUAUCAAAACUAAUCCAGUAGAUACACUUCAGAGUUCUCUACAUUCACUUAAAAAUGAUCUGGAUAAAUUAAAACACGUGGUAUCACAUCAAAAGGAUGAAAGUCCCAAAUUGCGAGUGGAUACAGACUGCCAUUUGGAGACAGCUUUAGAUAAUCGUCUUUCGUUUUUGGAAAUGCACAUGAAGUCACUUGCGAGCAACGUGGAAGUUAUAUUGAAUGUGAUAUCGGAGGUCAAAAAUAGACAACGUUCUCGAAAUAUUAAUGAUUCAGAUCAAAUUGGACAUACGCUGGACCCUACCAAUUUGAUUAUCGAGUUCCGACGAGUUUUACAAGAGCAAAAAUCUAAAAAAUGCGAUUGCAGGUUAGGCCGCGUAGACCGUUCAGAACGAUAUCCAACCGAUUGUCAGGAAAUUCAAGCGCAAGGAUUCAAUGUGACCGGUAUAUACAAGAUCAAACCUGAUGAUACAGAACCCUUUUACGUUCUUUGUGAUCUGAACUCUGCAGGCGGCGGGUGGACGGUGAUACAAAAUAGAUUCGACGGAUCUCAAGACUUUUACAAAAAUUGGGUAGAAUAUAAGCACGGAUUUGGAAAUCUUGCAGGCGAAUUUUGGCUCGGCUUAGAAAAGAUAUAUUAUCUGACAAACCAGAAGUUGUACGAGUUGAGAGUAGAAAUGGAAGCACAACAUGGACAAGAAGUAUCUGCUACAUAUUCGGUGUUUACGUUAGGGCCGGAAUAUGAAGGAUAUCGUAUAAGCACACUUGGAACAUUUCGUGGCAAUGCUGGUGACUCACUAUCAUACCACGCGGGACAGAAAUUUUCUACAUACGACUCUGACAAUGACGAAUGGAAGGAUGGAUCAUGCUCUAUAGAGCACGGGGGAGCUUGGUGGUAUAAGGAAUGUGACAAGAGUAAUUUGAAUGGCAAAUAUUUAAUAACUGCCGAGGAGAGCAAUGGGCAGUCUAUUUACUGGGUAUCCUUCAACGGCCCCACAUCGCCCCUCUAUAAAACCCGAAUGAUGAUCAGGCCUUUGCCAGCGAGUCGACCGAUGGACUAUAGCGAAAAACCACGGAUUAAUUUGGACAGCCUCAAAUCACAAAACGACAAGAAACAUGUCCGCGGGAAGGACGCGAAGAACUCGUACGAUGUGGUGCGCGGCCGCGUGCCUUACCGCUACGACGUACUACACCCCGACGGAUUCUUCCCUAAUUAUACAUGAUCAAAUACAAAAGUAAUUAAUUUGAACA